AUGGCUGCUGCUUCUGAUCUUGAUCUGGAGCCCGCUCCCAAGACAGUAGCUGUGACUGCUGACGAUGAGAAGAUUCUCGACUCUGAAGGCUCCUCAGCCACUCAGGAUGUGAACGCUCUUCCAGACACUGAGGGUGGCCGCCCUGGCCGCCACGCUCACUAUGGCGAGACUACUACUCACAAGCUUGAGGCCACUGUCACUCAGGACAAGCAGGAGCUGACCGAAGAAGAAUGCUACGAUAAGCUCGGUUACUCUUUUCCCGAGUACAAAAAGUGGACCAUUUUGACCGUCAUUUUUAUCGUGCAAAUUUCCAUGAACUUCAACACCAGUCUCUAUUCCAACGCUCUCGAUGGAAUUUCCGAAGAAUUCGGCGUCUCCCUUCAGGCUGCUCGCUGUGGUGCCAUGAUCUUCCUGGUUCUCUAUGCCUUUGGUUGCGAAUUGUGGGCACCCUGGAGCGAGGAACUGGGCCGCAGGCCAAUCCUCCAAGCUAGCUUGUUUCUCGUCAAUGUUUUCCAGCUUCCUGUUGCCUUGUCCAAGAACUUUGCGACCAUCAUGGUUGGUCGUGCUCUCGGUGGUCUUUCAUCUGCUGGCGGUUCUGUUACUCUCGGCAUGAUUGCUGAUAUGUGGGAGUCCGAUACUCAACAAUAUGCCGUCGCCUAUGUCGUCUUUUCUUCCGUCGGUGGUUCAGUCUUGGGCCCUGUAGUCGGUGGUUUCUGCCAGCAGUAUCUCCACUGGCGCUGGUGCAUCUGGAUUCAGCUUAUCUUCGGAGGCGCCGUGCAAAUUCUGCACUUUUUCUUAGUCCCUGAAACUCGUUCCACCAUCAUGAUGGACAAAAUUGCCAAGAAGAUGCGUGAGAGCGGUGAAAAUACUAACAUCUACGGCCCCAACGAACUCACUUCAUUCCGCGAGCGAUUUUCCGCCAAGGAAAUCAUCCUGACCUGGAUUCGUCCAUUCCGCAUGUUCCUUACUGAGCCUAUUGUCUUGACUCUUUCUCUGCUGAGCGGUUUCAGCGAUGCCCUCAUCUUCAUGUUCAUCCAAUCUUUCUCUCUUGUGUAUAAUCAGUGGGGCUUCGACGACGUCGCCUUGGGCUUGUCCUUUAUUCCCAUCCUGGUUGGUUACUUCAUUGCCUGGUUCUCCUUCUUCCCCGCAAUCAAGCGCAACAUUAAGGAGCGACGGGAGAAGCCCGAUGAUGAGGUUGCACAGUAUGAGUCUCGUCUAUGGUGGUUGUUAUACACUGCCCCGUGCUUGCCUAUUGGCCUCAUUGGGUCCUCCCUUCAUUGGAUCGGCACCAUGAUUUUCUCUGCAAUUGUCGGUAUUGCCAACUACGCGAUUUACAUGGCUACCAUUGAUUAUAUGAUUUGCGCUUAUGGUCCUUACUCUGCUUCUGCCACUGGUGGAAACGGUUGGUCUCGUGAUUUCCUCGCUGGCGUUCUCACCAUCCCCGCCACGCCCUUCAUGCAGAAUAUUGGUGGAAGGUAUCACAUCGAAUAUGCUUGUACCAUUCUUUUCUGUAUCUCCUUCAUGCUAGUGGUUGCAGUCUAUGUCAUCUACUGGAAGGGACCGGUUUUACGCAAAAGAUCACCUUUCGCCCAGCAGCUGUCCGAUGCUCGUGCCGAGAUUGACACCCAUGGACGUCGCCUUUCUCGCCUCCCGACUGGGUCUCGGGCCAACUCCUUUGCUCGUUCCCAGCAAAACCUCCGUGUUCGCCAGACCUUGGGUAGUCGCCAGAACAGCACCUACGGUUCUCGUGCCAACUCUCGCGUGAAUUCUCGUGCCAACUCGCGCCGCAACUCUUUAGCCAUAGCUGAGGAUUAG